UAGUGAAAAACAAUUAAUAAUAGAACUUGUCCCGGUUGUCUUGAUCUUGUGCUGUUCUUUUCCUUUCUCUUUAAUCAGAUCCAUUGCUUUCAUUCAUGUGUUGGUAAUUGAUUCGUUGCUUGUUCGAUUAAUUGCUUCAUCUUUUGGUCUACUUAUUUGCGAUAGUUUGGUUUCUAUGGUUUCUUGGAACCGAAGAACCGACUCAUGAACAUAAACAUAGUGAAAAACAAUUAAUAAUAGAACUUGUCCCGGUUGUCUUGAUCUUGUGCUGUUCUUUUCCUUUCUCUUUAAUCAGAUCCAUUGCUUUCAUUCAUGUGUUGGUAAUUGAUUCGUUGCUUGUUCGAUUAAUUGCUUCAUCUUUUGGUCUACUUAUUUGCGAUAGUUUGGUUUCUAUGGUUUCUUGGAACCGAAGAACCGACUCAUGAACAUAAACAUAGUGAAAAAAAAUUAAUAAUAGUACUUGUCCUGGUUGUCUUGAUCUUGUGCUGUCAUUUUCCUUUCUCUUUAUUCAGAUCCAUUGCUUUAAUUCAUGUGUUGGUAAUUGAUUCGUUGCUUGUUCAAUUAAUUGCUGCUUCUUUUGAUAUGCUUAUUCGUGAUAGUUUGGUUUCUAUGGUUUCUUGGAACUGAAGAACCGACUGAUCAUGAACAUAAACAUAGUGAAAAAUAACUAAUAAAAGUACUUGUCCUAGUUGUCUUGAUCUUGUGCUGUCAUUUUCCUUUCUUUUUAUUCAGAGUCAUUGCUUUAAUUCAUGUGUUGGUAAUUGAUUCGUUGCUUGUUUGAUUAAUUGCUGCUUCUUUUGAUCUAUUUAUUCGUGAUAGUUUGGUUUCUAGGGCUUCUUGGAACCCAAGCAACUACUCAUGAACAUAAACAUAGUGAUAAACAAUUAAUAAUAGUACUUGUCGUGGUUGUCUUGAUCUUGUGCUGUCAUUUUCCUUUCUCUUUAUUCAGAUCCAUUACUUUCAUUCAUGUGUUGGUAUUUGAUUCGUUGCUUGUUCGAUUAAUUGCUGCUUCUUUUGAUCUGCUUAUUCUCCUAUAAUAUUCGUGUCUCUAAUUCAUUCAUUCUCGUGGGCUUUACAGCUCUUUAAAUUAAAGGGGAAGCAAUUGUAAAGAUAAUGAAAUCUUCCAUGUUAAGAUUAAUUUUAGCUUGAAGUUUGUAAUUUCAGAUCUAAUGUAAUUGCCAUUGCAUGCCUAUUUAAAGAGGAGAACCCAAGACAAUUUGUUAUCGCUUGCCUCCCAUAAAUACAAAACUACUCUUCUUCCAUACAAAAGUUGCAACUUCUUCUCUUUCAAAUGGCCGAUCAGCAGUCUGCAGAGCGAAGUAAUGAAACCAAGUCUAAAGAAAUUGCCACGAAAGAUAGCGGACAUCCAACAGAGUCAGCUGAAGGAAACAAGGAGGUCGCAUCCACAAAAGAAAUUGCCAGGAAAGAUAGCGGAAAUCCAACAGAGUCAGCUGAAGGAAACAAGGAGGUCGCAUCCACAAAAGAAAUUGCCAGGAAAUAUAGCAGAAAUCCAACAGAGUUAGCUGAAGGAAACAAGGAGGUCGCAUCCACAAAAGAAAUUGCCAGGAAAGAUAGCGGAAAUCCAACAGAGUCAGCUGAAGGAAACAAGGAGGUCGCAUCCACAAAAGAAAUUUCCAGGAAAGAUAGCAUAAAUCCAAGAGAGUUAGCUAAAGGAAACAAGGAGGUCGCAUCCACAAAAGAAAUUGCCAGGAAAGAUAGCGGAAAUCCAACAGAGUCAGCUGAAGGAAACAAGGAGGUCGCCUCCACAAAAGAAAUUGCCAGGAAAGAUAGCGGAAAUCCAACAGAGUUAGCUGAAGGAAACAAGGAGGUCACAUCCACAAAAGAAAUUGCCAGGAAAGAUAGCGGAAAUCCAACAGAGUUAGCUGAAGGAAACAAGGAGGUCGCAUCCACAAAAGGUCAUCAACUUUUACCAAGAGAAUUUGUUACAGAGUUAGCUGAAGGAAACAAGGAGGUCGCAUCCACAAAAGAAAUUGCCAGGAAAGAUAGCGGAAAUCCAACAGAGUCAACUGAAGGAAACAAGGAGGUCGCAUCCACAAAAGAAAUUGCCAGGAAAAAUAGCGGAAAUCCAAUAGAGUCAGCUGAUGGAAACAAGGAGGUCGCAUCUACAAAAGAAAUUGCUAGCCAAAAUCCAACAGAGUCAGCUGCAAGAAACAAGGACGACGUCAAAUCCACGGAAGAAAACGAUUUCGAGAAUUAUAUAAUGGAGCAGUUGGAGGACGAAAAUGUGGAAACCAUUGCCCUGGAGGGGGAAGCAGGAGUAGGGAAAACAUGGAAGGCUAGAAAAAGCAAUGAUUUUAUCAUCAAUUCUGAGAACCACUUCUAUGGAAAUCUUUGGAUAUCUAUGAACAAAGAGCACGACAAAAGGUUCCUUUAUGAUGUCCUUGCCCAUCAGUUGUCCGUACAAGCAAGUACCGAUGAUUAUCAAGAAGGUAAUGACGAAAAGAAAUCGGAAGAGUUAGUAAGGAAGAUAACAAAUAUGCUCGUGGAAAGGAAAAGCAAGGAAUCGGAAGUGUUGGAGAUAACUAAGAUGCUCAGGGAAAUGGAACUCAAGAAAAUGGAAGAGUUGGUAAGCGAGAUACCUAAGAAGCUCAGGGGAAUAGAAAGCAACAACUUGGAAGUGUUGGUGAUAACUAAGAUGGUCAGGGAAAUGGAGAGCAAGAAAACGGAAGAGUUGAAAAGGAAGAUAACUCAGAAGCUCGGAGAAAUGGAAGAGAAGAAACUCUGGGAGAUGGCAAAAAAAAAGAAAUCCGGAGGAUCAGAUAGACUUUCUGAUAACAAAGUAUUUCAGAGUAAUGAUCGACUGGAAGAUCAGAAGCCGAAAACUGAGAAGUCAAUUAAAAGUGUCUGGAAAAAGAAGGAAAAAAAUAAGACUGUUGGGUUACCGAUUAAUGAGAAGUCUGGAGGACAUAUAUCAUCUUCUAAAGAAAAACUAUUUCUUUUAGUAAUUCUGGAUGAUAUUCGUAGUGACAGUACUUAUGAAGAGGGAACUAGGGCUGAAUUGGAAACGUUGCUGCCAAAGGAAUCUAGGCCCAAGUUUUUAGUCACAAGAAGAAGGGACACAGUGAGCAAGGACGAGAAAAUAUUGAAGAAUGGGGAACUGAUCAUUGAUAUUGAGCCCUUGCGAGAAAAAGAGUCAGGGACUCUAUUUAAGAAACUUCUCAAAACUUCAAUUCUCCAUGAGGAAAGUUUUGUAGCAAGCAUUGAGAAAAUUGCCCAAAAGAGCAAUGGUUUGCCAAUUGCAGUAGUCAAACUGGUAGUAGAAGCCUUAAAUCUAUCAGGAGCAAAUGAUCUAGAGCUUUUGAAAUUGGAAAAUGCUCUGAAACAAAUAGCUAAUUAUAAGGAAGCAGAUAAAUGCACAAGUUCGCUCUUGCGCUUAGCAAUUCACAUGUUGCAUGGAAGUGAUCAUGGAUCUUGCAGUACCCCAGGAAACGACACUUUGGUCAAUUGCUAUUGGCAUAGCUGGGAAUUCAUAAGCAGACAUGGUGCAAUAGAUUACAAUGUGUUGAUAUUCAGCUGGAUAUUGGAAGGAUAUUUCGGUUCUGCCGAUCAUAUUAAGCAGUCAUAUGAAGAAGGGCAUCGUGUGUUGAUGAAACUAAUAGGAUGUGGGUUGCUGAAAAUGCUAGAAGAUAAUCUUAUUAUGAUGGAAGAAUUGGUUCUUUCCAUUCCUGAUUGUCGUCGUGAUGGAUAUGAGCAGAGAUCAGUCCUGGGAUUAGCUCGUGUUCUUGACGAAAGCAUUUGGAAAGGAUUUGGGACACUUGCACCUUCAGAUUAUAUGAUAAAGACACCAAAAAGAGGCCCAAAAAAAGAUAAAUAUAUUUCCACUCUCCUCAUUCAUGGAAGUAGUCUCUGCAGGGAAGACCUAGAUUUAUACUUCGAGGAGAAGCUAGGACUCCAAAAUCUUGCCAUUUUCAAUCCCAGGUUCGAUUCAAUCCCUCGAUUAUUGUCUAAAAUGGAAGAGCUUUGUGUGUUGAUUCUCAGAGGUUGUGAUCAAUUGCAAGAGAUCGAUGCCAUCCAAAACCUGAAAUCACUGACAGUUCUGGAGAUAUCCGAUGCUAACUUCUUAGAAAAGAAAGAAAAGAUCACUGGCGAUCUUUUUAAGGAAAUGACUAAUCUUCAGACCCUUAACUUGUGUGCAGUCUCCAUCAAAAUGCUUCCUUCCUCUCUUUCUAACCUGAAACAACUACGUUGGCUCAUCCUUAGGAGGUGCCCUUUUUUGGAAAGCUUGCCAAAUCUAAAAGAACUUACAAAUCUCGAGGUGCUUGAUCUUUCUGGUUCUACAUCUUUGCUAAAUAUUACAGACAAAACCUUCUCCCAUCUCAAGAAAAUCCAAUUCCUUGAUUUUUCCCAUACCUCAAUUAAAAGACUUCCAUUCCUUUGCAACCUUGGCAACCUUGAAAAUCUCACUCAACUCUUGUUGCGCAACUGUAAGUUAAAUAGAUUGCCUUCCUUUAAAGCCUUACCUGCUCUUCAGUGUAUUGAUAUCUCAGCUUCUAAUUCUAAUAUGUUAAAGGAUAUCAAAGAAGACUUUUUUGAAAAUAAGGAUAAACUCAAGAUCCUUCAUUUGUCCAAGACUGAAAUCAGCCGUUUGCCUUCCAAUUUUGGCAACUUUCCAAAUCUUGAGCUGCUUGAUCUUUCUGAUUCCUCCAAAUUGGUUACAAUCCCAGAAAAUGCCUUCAAAAACAUGGGUUGCCUCCGUCAUCUCAACCUCUCAAACACAAAACUUGAAAGUCUACCAAAAAUAUCCAACCUUGUUAACCUUCGACAGCUCUUUCUUGAGAAUUGUGCACUACAUAAAUUACCAAAAAUGGAAGGAGUUACAAGACUUGAGGAGCUUCAUCUUUCUAAUGCUUCUAGUCUAGUUGAGAUUGAAGAUCAAUCAUUUGAUUAUCUGAGCCAUAUUUAUCUUCUUGAUUUCUCACAUACCAAAAUUAAAACUCUACCAUCACUGGCCAAGCUCAAUAACCUUCGUUCUCUCAACCUUUCGGGAACAAGACUUACAUUUCCUUGCAUUUCCAGUCUCACCAACCUCACUCAGCUUUCACUUCGAGGUUGUUCAAUCUCAGAUCAAUCAGAGCCAAAUUUUGGAGAACAUAAAAAGCUCGAGGUUUUGGAUCUAUCAGAGAUCACAGGAAUCACGUCUCUAUCAACAUUGAACAAUCUUACCAGUCUUCGGGAGCUCAAGUUGAGAGGGUGUUCGAAGUUGGAGCAGCUUCAACAUUUGGAAUCGCUUGCUCAUUUAGAGGUUCUUGAUUUGUGGGAGACGGGAAUCAAGCAAUUUCCCAAAGAGAUUUGUAAGUUGACUCAGUUGAAGCACCUAGAUCUGCCAAAGGGUAUAAUGGGUAUUCAAGAAUCUGACUUGCAGAAGAUGGAGCCCGAAUUUCACUUUUAUGUUUUCCCUGAGCAAGGCAAAGCUGGGGACAUCCAUUGGCACAAAGUUGAUCCUAACUUCAGAAGAAUUUACUUCAACACUCUAUCUUUACCUGGGGAGUGUCGCCAGUUUUUGGAAAUCAUUGGGUCUAUUGAGGUUAAGGAUGUCCUCAAGAAAGCUGCAUAUAUAUCUUUGAUUGGAAAUAAGUUCAUCACACGAUUAUCAGAUCUUGGUGUGGAAAAUGUGGAUGCAAUGAAAGGUUGUUGGCUACAGAGGUGCCCGGAAAUGGAGACAUUAUGUUUGGAAGAAGAAAUAGAAGACAAAACGGUGGGAAAUCUAGAGAUUUUGUGGGUAUCAAACCUUCCCAAAUUGAAGGAUUUAUGCAGCGGGAUACAGCCAGCAGGUGGGGGCUUUAAAAAUCUAACAGAAAUGUAUCUAGAUUGUUGCCCAUUGAUUAAAUCUGUCUUUCAUUCUUCCCAAUUCCCGGAAAAGCUUAAGAUCCUCCAAAUCAAAUUCUGUGAGGAUUUAGAAAUACUGUUUGAGCCGAAUACCUUGGAUAAAGCUGGAAAUCUAGAGAUUUUGCGGGCAUCAAACCUUCCCAAAUUGAAGGAUUUAUGCAGCGGGAUACAUACAGCAGGUGGGGGCUUUAAAAAUCUAACAGAAAUGUAUCUAGAUUGUUGCCCAUUGAUUAAAUAUGUCUUUCAUUCAUCCCAAUUCCCGGAAAAGCUUAAGAUCCUCCGGAUCAAAUUCUGUAAGGAUUUAAAAAGACUAUUCGAGCAGAAUAAUGUCUUGGACGCUGAUAAAAAAUGGAGUUUACAGAAAUUGCAUUUGGUGGAACUGCCCAAGUUGACUGAGAUGGGGGUGCCAGAGUCGAAGAAGAUUCGUGAUGUAUUUCCAUCACUAGAAGCAAUCACAGUGAAGGAAUGCCCAAUGCUGGAGAUCAUGUCGGAAAAAAUAAAGGAGGCAAAUUGUAACAACGUUGAAGAAGAUUGGUAAGAGAACCAUCCAACUAGGAAUAUACAACUAUAAUAUCCAAGCAAGGCCCAAGCCUGUGUGAUGGAGAUUCAAGACGAGCCAUUCGUAAUGUCACUAGGAAGGCUAGGCGUGCUGAGGAUAGGAGGGCUGCAUUUGGUAGCAUGCAUGGCUCGG